CUAGCCCUCCAUAGUACCAUUAAAGGAUCACACCCAAGUUGCAAAAUGCAAGUUCUACAUAGCUGAAAUACGCAUCAUCCAACAUGUGCAACUUUCUCCCGAAGGAAAAUGCGCAACGAAUUAGAGUAAAUCCUUCACCGCAAGAUUGUGUGGUUAGAAAAAGAAGCUAAGGCGGCUCUCUUUCUUCACAGGACAGUGGGACUGCAACGCAUCUGCUUUCAUUUUCACCAAACACUGUAACUUAGCGACCCGUCCAUGAAUUAGGGUCGCGUGGUUGCAUACAAUCAACUGAAGAUUGCAAGUCAGGACUAUCUGUAAAGCUGGUCAUGUGAAGCUUGCAUACAAGCUUCUGGUAUAUAAAGACGGCAGCCUUGGUUCGAAGCAUCAGUUCACACAGCCUCGAGUAGUAACAGGUACCGAUACCCCUCAUCAUGAGAGUCCUGCUCGUUCUCCUUCUCUGCGUGGCGGCGGCUGUCGCCUUCAAGCAGCGCACUUUCGGCGGUUUCGGGUACGGUCGACCCCACAUUGGCUACGGAGUCGGUCAUGGACUCGGAUUCGGCCACGGAAUCGGCUACGGACACGGAAUUGGAUACGGACACGGCAUUGGCUUCGGCGGAUUCCGCCCGGGCGGUUUCGGCUACCGUCCGUACGGAUACGGCCCGUACGGUUUCGGACGGAACUCCGAUACGGACAUCAAGGCUGAGGGCUCGGUCGCCGAGCCGGCGGAGAAGGCGGCCGACAAGGCGUAAACUGCGUUUUUGAGGAUCAGAGGCGGUUUCUGACGACCGGCGAAGGUUCAUACUCGUGCCUCACCAUAUUUCUGUAUCUCAUACAUAUGUUUAUCUGCAUCUAUACUCAACAAAUAUAUUGAUUAUUACAU